AUGGCGAUGGAGGACGAGGACAACAGCGCGGCGGUCGUUGCGGCCAACAUCCAGGCGGGCAUCAAGAAAGGAGGAGGAGGAGGUGAUGUCGGAGAUAACGGGGCUUGCAUAGACAGGCAGCCGGACACGGUGGUCCACCAGGCGGGGCUCAAUCCGACUGCAGGUCGCGGCAGCCGCAGUGGUCCCGGAGCUGCGACGGGGAUCCGAGUGCUAAAGCAGCGCAACAUGAAGCGGAAUGGAAGUCGGAGCUGCGUGACGAGGAAGACCAGAUUCGGAUCACGAGAGCGAGACUGGCUGAAGGGGGACACCCAGCGGGGCUGCGUGUGCCUGUACGGGGGGACGGUGGACCCCCAGCCGCCUGCCUCCGGCCCGCAGGCCUCCUCCACCCCUCAGACGGACCUGCAGCUGGUGCUCUGCUCCACCAACACCACGGUGGAGGAGCUGUGCGCCCAGAGGGACGGACAGGGACUCUACGUCCAGCUGCACGGAGACCUCGUCAGGAGGCUGGACCCCUCUGAGCGUCCGCUCCAGAUGGUGUACGACUACCUGGCAUCCAUGGGCUACGCAGACCCCGUACGAGUGCAGCAGGAAGCCGCCAACUCAGACCUCAGCUGUUUGAUCCGUUUCUACAGCGAGCGUCCGGUGAACGCAGACCAGCAGGAGCGGACCUUGUUGAAAGGCGUGUUCAGCGUCAGGAAGGGCAAGACGCAGCUGCACAAGUGGGCCGAGCGGCAGGUCAUCCUCUGCGGCACCUGUUUAAUCGUGGCCUCCGUCAAAGACAGCCUGACCGGGAAGAUGCACAUCCUGCCGCUGGUGGGGGGGAAGGUGGAGGAGGUGAAGCGGAGGCAACACUGUCUGAUGUUCAGCUCGGCUGGAUCACAGGCCCAGACCUACUUUGUCAACUUCGACACACUUGCGGACUACCAGCGGUGGCAUCGGCAGGCAUCCAAAGUGGUGUCUCAGACGGUGAGUCUGGUGGAUCUGUCCUGCUACAGCCUGGAAACGGUGCCUGAAUAUCUGUUCUACAGUCAGGAUAUCACCCACCUCAACCUGCGACACAACUUCAUGAGCCAGCAGGGACCUGGAGGUCUGCUCAACCUCCCCAGGUUCUCCCAGCUGAAGAGCCUGAACUUAUCUCACAACCGUCUGGGUGUGUUUCCUGAAUGUGUGUGUGAGAUCCUCACGGUGACUGAGCUCAACCUGUCCUGUAACAGUCUCCACACCGUCCCUGUGCAGAUAGGAAACCUGCAGAGCCUACAGACGCUGUCUUUGGAUGGAAACCACCUCAGCUCCCUGCCUGAAGAGCUGGGUGGCCUGUUUCAGCUCAACAGCCUGGGGCUCUCCUUCAACAACUUCUCUCACAUCCCUGCUGUGCUGGAAAGACUGAGCGCGGUGGACAAACUGGCGAUGGCUGGGAACAGAGUGGAGAGUCUGGAGCUGUGCACUCUGGUCAGAAUGAGCCACCUGAAAAACAUCGAUCUCCGGCUCAACGGGCUGCGGUGGGUGAAGAGCGAGAGUCUGGAGGCAGUGAGCCAGGUGACCCAGCUGGACUUGCGGGACAAUCGCUUGGACUCGCUGGACCUGAGCUCCGUCUGCAACCUGGAGACUCUGCACUGCCAGCGCAACCAGCUGGGGACUCUGACGCUCAGCGGCUUCACACUGCGCAUGCUUCAUGCCGGCAGCAACCGCCUCACAACAGUCAACAUCUACCCAGUCCCUAACCAGCUGACGCACAUGGACCUAUCACAGAACCUCUUGGAGUAUCUUCCAGACUGGGUGUGCGACUGCAGGAAAAUUGAGAUGCUGGACGUCACGCACAACCUCCUGUCUGAGCUUCCCUCCAGACUGCUCAACAGCUUGAGUUUGAGGAAGCUGCUGACGGGGAACAAUCGUUUGCAGAGAGUGCCUGACCUACUUGACCACGUCCCUCUGGAAGCUCUAGACCUCCAGCACAACAAGCUAGCCGAGCUUCCUGAGAGUCUCUUUUACAAGGCCUUAAACCUAAAAUACUUAAAUGUGUCAGCCAAUGCCCUGGAAAGUAUUCCUCCCAGCAGCCAAUCAGAGGAGAGCCUCAGCACACUCCAGGAGCUCUACCUGACGGGGAACAACCUGAACGAGAACUGUGGCGCUCUGUUGGUCGGACACCAGAACCUGCGGAUUCUUCACAUCGCCUACAACCAGCUGCUCUCGUUCCCUGCCAGUAAACUGAGUAAACUGGAACUGCUGGAGGAGCUAAAUCUGAGCGGCAACAAGCUGAAGACGAUCCCCUCCACUGUGUCCAGCUGCAAGAGGCUGCACACCCUCAUCGCACACUCCAAUCACAUCACUGUCUUCCCAGAGAUCCUCAACCUGCCUGAGAUCAAGCUCGUAGAUCUAAGUUGCAAUGAGCUGACGGAGAUCCAGCUGCCCGAUUCCCUUCCCUCCACGCUGCAAGAGCUGGACCUGACGGGCAACAGCAGCCUGAUGCUGGAACACAAAACCCUCAAUCUGUUCAGUCACAUCACCACCCUGAAAUUAGACCAGAAAUCCACCACGACAGCUGCAGACUCACUGAGUGCCUCCACGCCAUGGAACCACAGUUACUCUGAAAUGAGCGGCCAAAGGAACAAGUUGUGUGUGUCCGGGCUGGCUGUGGACCGGUUUGGAGACGGCGUGGAAGCGUGCUACGGCAUCUUUGACGGAGACCGCAAUGAGGAAGUGCCUCGGCUGUUGCAGUGCACCAUGGGAGACGUGCUGUGCGAGGAACUGCAGCACUCCGGCGUUGACAGUGUGUACAUGUGCAACACUUUCCUCACCUCACACAGGAAACUGGGCAUGGCCGGCCAGAAACUGGGCGCCUCUGCCUUCUUGUGUUAUAUCCAUCGUGAGACUUCAGAUCCAGUCGGAAACUUCUUUCUGACUGUGGCCAACGUGGGCACCUGCCAAGCUGUGCUGUGCCGAAACGGACGACCUGUACCGCUCUCUAAGGUUUACAGCUUGGAGAACUGCACUGAGGAGAUGGAGAGGGUUAAACUCAGCAAAGCCAUUAUUACAGAGGAUAACAAAGUGAGUGGAGUGACGUGCUGCUCUCGCCUGUUGGGCUGCUCUUAUCUGUCUCCCUGGGUGCUUCCGAAGCCCUGGGUGCACACUGAGCCGCUCUGCUCCCAGGAUGAGUUCUUGAUCCUGGGAAAUCGAGCCCUGUUUGAGCGUGUGUCCUACCAGGAGGCCGUGUGCACCGUGCAGGCCGUCCAGGACCCUCGCGCUGCUGCCAAGAAGCUGUGCUCGCUCGCCCAGAGCUACGGUUGCAAAGACAACAUCGGCGCCGUGGUGGUGUCCCUGAACAUUGGCGAGGACAGCUGUACGUGCAAGCCCCCGGUUUCCACCACUGAACCGCGGGGUCCGCCUCCUGCCCCUGUGCCUGUGACUGUGACCCCGGGCCCCAGCGACCCGGUCAACCUUUCAUCCAGCAGCGGCGUCGUCACCGAGUUCAGCAGCGAGACGUCGGCUUCAGAGAUGGGCAGCGAGGCGGGCUCCACCGCUUCGGACGAACACCCGUCCUCUGGCCCUGCGUCCCGCCCCGAGAGACGCUGUAGCCUACACCCUGCUACUACGCUGUGUGGGAUCAUGGUGCCAGGCUCAGCCGGGGCUGGAACCCACCCGGGCCUGUUCCAGCGGCAGCCCUCCUGCGCUACAUUCUCAAGCAACCAGUCCGACAACGGCUUGGACAGCGACGAUGAGGCUCCGCUUGAGGGCGUCAUCUCCAAUGGUAGCAAGUUGGAAGUGGAGGUAGACAUUCACUGUUGUGCUUUCCAGCUACGGUCAGGGGCCCCUGAGAGCCCCAAAGACUUGGACUUUGAAAAGCGGGGCUCUGACUAUCCCAAUGGCAAAAUGCGCAGACAGAACAGUGUGGUGGUUUCUGCCACGAACGGCUGCCUGUUGGCUGUAUGUGGGAGAGAAAUCGCUGACCUCAAGAAGUCUCCUUCCACAUCCAGCCUGUUUGGAAAGAAGCUGUCCAAUGGCUCCGUUGUUGCCCCCGAGGACAGUCAUAAUCUCAUUGAAGUUGCCCUGGAGGCUCCUAAGAAAAAGUCUGGCUACUUCACUGCCCCAGCACAGCAGGACCCAGAGGACCAGCUGAUUGUGCCUCCCAGUCUGGAGCAGGAAGUCAGGGAGCAGCUCAGAGGCCAGAGCCCUCUAGUCUCAGGCCCCUCCGCACCAUCCACACCCACCUCCUUAAAAGAUCCUGUGUGGGAUCACCCGCACCCCCCUGCUUUCCCCUCCAGCCUGGUCCCGGGUCCAGGACCGGCUCCCAUGCUACAGCAGGAAGUCUACGAUACCGCCCUCUAG